AUGGCGCUCCCGCCGCCAAGUGUCGUGCGUCUGCUGCACGUCUCGACUCUUCUGUACAUCAUCAGUCUCCUGGCCACGAACACGUGGUGUCUGGCGGAUGAACCCGCUGACGCUCUCCCCCUCCACGUGCGCCGCGUGCUCGGCCCGAUACCGGUCUACUGGACAAGCCUGCGCGGAUCCACGGCCAGGCAGGCGCGACAGAAGCACCAGCUGUCCCUCGUCAGGCACGUGCAGAUCGAUGCAGUUGGCGACGACUGGGAGGGUUUCGACCGCUUCGUGCUGCACUGCGGUGCCAGCAAGCACGUCGCGGUCGACGGGGGCCGCGAGAUGGCGAAGGAGGAGGUGAAGCGCAUGCACAUUCGCGACAAGGCGCUCGGACGGGAACUGAAACACGUCAGGGAGGUGUCCUGCCUCCUGAGUCACGUCAAGGCCGUCCGCGCGGCGUACGACCGCGGCGAGCAAGUCGCCCUCUUCAUUGAGGACGACGCCUGGUUCGACUACGCCUCCGUGUGGCCCAAGACGCUGCCAGAUAUCCUUGCGAGCGCACCGGCGGGGACGAAGGGCGUCGUCCUGUACAACAACCACCCUUACAUGGCCGAAGUGGCCACCGCGCUGAACGUUGACUUCCUGCCGCACGCGAGCGGGGCGACGACGAGCUCGAUGGCGUACGUGUUGAACCGCGCGGGCAUGGCCGCGCUGCUGGACCAGAUGUACGACGGCGGAAUCGCGGCUUUGCAGAAGGGAAAACAGGUCUUCCGGUUCCCGCUUCAGUGGUAUUUCGCCGACUACUACCUGUACAACGCGGUCGGGGAGGGCAUGGCGGUGUGGGCGCAGCCGCUGUUCGUGCACGACAACAGCGCGUCCACCAUCGAGGCCGCGAACAUGGACGACGAGAAGUACACCACCGUCUUCCUGGGCUCGGCACAUGCGCAGCUAUAUUUGGAGCUCCGCCGACAGGUCAGCCACCUGAGAAGGGAGUACGGGGACACGUGGGGGUCUCAGAGUAGAAACUUGAUCCACGUGCCGCUCAGCGAGAGCGCGAAGUCGCUCCUGCACCCGCGCACGAUCCGGAGGAUCGUGCAGCAGGUGUCGCGGGAAGAGGGGGUGUCUCUGUGGCAGGACCCCGGGUCCGACGGUACAAGUGAUGUCGUGUAG